AGCUCCAGCCGAACUUCUGAGAUUGCAACAUCCCUCACGGCACUUUUCCAGGAAGUUGCAAGCCACACAUGCAAGAAAGAGCAGUCACUUUAUAUGCAGAAGCAUUCGUCUAUAGAGCGCAGUUCGCACGCCGGUGUCGUCGGGGUCCGCUCCUUGCAGCCACUGAAGGCGGCAAAGGCUCGAGAAAGCUGUUUGCGUAGCCGUCUGUACAGGAUGGGACAAAAGCUGGAAAAGCCCAGGUUUGAUGGUGAUCCUCAAUCAUGCGUCUGCGAUCCUCGGGUCGUGGUGAAACCCUUGAGGUCUCUUACUCAUGAACCUGUGGUUGAAGGCAGCAUGCGCUCCACUGGUGGUAACAGUUUCUCUAUCAACUUGGAGACAAGUAACGGUGACAUAGCGAUACACAUCAAUCCACGCUUCAGUCAAACACAAACUGUUGUGAACUCGCUUCAGAACGGUGUCUGGAGAAGCGAGAAGCUUUAUCCUAUCCCCAUCUCCCACGGAGCCCGCUUCACUUUCAAGAUCGAGGCGUACGGACUUAUGUACUCGGUUUACAUCAAUUCGACGUGCUUCGCCGCCUACAUGAGCCACGCCGACUGUGCGACAGUAAUGGCGCUCACUCUGUAUGGAGACGCAACCCUGGAUGAAGUGCACCAGCACGGGGACAGUUUCCCAAUAAACCAUAAACAUCCCCUGGAUGACACCAAGACACCCUUACCACGAUAUGUGGACUAGCUGUCGAAGUCCACAAUCAUCCCGGUGAAGUCAGAGUGGACAUCCCACGGAUGCUAAAACGAGCAUCCAUAUCAUGUCACUGGGAUGUCUUCCAGAUACAUGAUCUGGUACCUUGUUGGGACGUGUUUUAUGUUUUGCUGGGUGUGUAUAGUUUGAUGUAAAUAUCAUGAUGCAAAUAUCUGGUUCAGUUUCAACAUUUAUUGGUAUACUGACUAAGUACAGUGAGACACCUUUUCAUAAAAAUACUCUCGACUAGAAUGAAUUAAAAGUAAGAUAGGAAACUACAAUAGUACCACAGCAGCCAAGAGCUUAUACAUAUGCUGGGUUUAUAAGCAGAAUGGAGGUUGUGUAGAAAACAAAAAAAUACACAGGCUGUGUAGAGAACAAGGUUAAGCCACAUUGUACUACAUAGCAGGUAACCAGUGUAGCAGAGCCACUGCCAUGGUAACAUACGUUUUUGGGUGUGUUCCCUAUUGACGAGUGAUAUCAGGUUUGAUGUGAUUGGGGACAUUGUCUUGAUGCUCAUGUUAACACGUGGAGCUGCUCUGAUACUAAUGUUAACAGAGCUGUCCAGGCUGAUGUUAACGCUAGAGCCGCUCUGAGGCUGAUGCUAACAUGAGGGCUGCCUCGAUGCUGAUGUGACACAAUAGUUGCAUUGAUGAUGGUUAUAGCGGUCAUGAAAAUGCAAAACACGAAUAGGAAAAAGAGCGCGACCCUGAAAUUGACGUGGGCAAAGUUGAUACCUGGCAGCGGAACUCUGCUGUGGGUUGGGUUUGUAACCCUUUCCCCCUCGUGUGGCGUGUCAAUGUAACCUCCUUUCUUCGCAGCUUUGCGCUCAAACUUAGACCCGUCAAAAAAGAGGCGGAGCCAAGGGCUCAUCUCCACGGAUCUUCGACAAAUCUUAUUUCGGACACGGAUCUUAUUUCGGCAAUUGCCAUUGCAUUACGAGUGGGAUGAUGUGCUAUACGGAGUAAAAUGACGACGGCGAACCCAUUUCCGCAAAGAAAACGUCAGGCUGCCUUGGAAAAUUUUGGAGUUCAAUUUAACAAAUUAACUUUCUGUCAAUUGAAAUGAAAUAAAAAUAUUACCAAUAUGUGCAAAAGUUA